CACUUGUUUGUAUGUACAUGGUGAUAAUGAUUAGUUCCUUUAAAUCCCAAGUGGAACAUAAAAUCUCUUAUAAGGUUUCAGUAAUCGCUUUAAAUUCAGAUGUACGGGCCGGUGAUUAGCCGACAGUACCCUGGCAUGGUGACAAAUAUAUAAAACAUCCUUAAAGUUUUAAGCUUUUAAUUCUCUUUUUUAUAUUGACAAGUUGCUAAUUUUCAUCUCACUUUUUUAGCAUUUCUGACAACUUACUCGCAACAUUGUUGUGUUCAUUAGCUAUAGGAACUUGCAAUAACGUAUUUCCUUGAUUAUUAUGAGCAUUUGUUACAACUAUAUACUCAUCCGGUUUUAUCGCUUUUAAUUUGCUGAUUAUUUCAACAUUACCAUUUUUUGCAUCUCUAAACAUUUCUUCAACUAGUUUCAGUAAUUCAUUAACGUUUUGGUCAUCAGAAAGAUCAAGAGGUGUUUUAUCUUCAUUAUUUUUAAUGUUAUAAAUUGGUAAUAUCCAAAAAAUCAUUUUUGGCUGCAACGUGAAGCGAUGUAGUGCCACUAGCAGCGGUUUUAGUAUUGAAAAAAUUGUUUAAUUUAUCAUGACUCUUACAUGUUGUAAUAAAACUUCAACAAUUUUUUUAAAACCUUUAGAAGUAGCAGUGUGUAAUAGUAUAUCACCUUUAUUAGUAACUUGAUUAACACAAGCUCCGUUUUUUAGUAAGACACAUAAUGUGUUCACAACACUUGCCUGUCCAUUGCUAACAGUGUAGUGUAACGGUGUUCUUCCAUCAAUGUCUUUAUUAUUGGCAUCAGCUAUUUUAAUCAAAUUUUUAUAAGCGUUGAACAGCUGUAUUAUGUCAUCAUUAUUAACAGCAAUGGACGCUGAUGGGAUGACUGUUGGCAUCAAUAUCAGAUUAUUUGCCGACAGGCUUGCCAUCGUGAAUCUCCAGCGGUUACAUCGUUACCUUCACGAUGCAACAAAUCAUCUCACUUUUUAUUACAACCCACAGUUGCUUAUUUGGAUCACGUGUAUGUUAAUGGACAUUACAACUAAUGUCUUCAGCACUGUUUUUAAUGGAAAAGAUAUACUUAACAACAUGCUGUUACUUUAUAUCCCGUAUGUGAUACUAAUUUCAUCACUUCAAAUUAUUGCUAUAAGUUGUAUCUGUCAUUUGACAUGCAAUCAGGCGAACGUAUUGGCAAGUAUAAUAUUCUCGGCCGAAACUUCCGCAUUCAAACAUAGUAACUUUUCGACUGAAACAACCGAAUUGGGAGUAUUUCUAUGGGCGCAUCCGUUGCGCAUCAGAGUUUGUGGCUUGUUUAAUUUGGAUAACCAAUUUACACUUUCGGUAUUCGGUUUAAUACUGAUGUAUGUGGUUCUAGUUUCAUCUGUUCUUUGAAGAGAAUUUUAAGCAAACAAAUAUGUUUCAAAAAAGAUUUAAAAAUAAAAAAAAUUUCCGUCUAAUUUUAAUAAAGUUUUUGAACUUUAAACCAUAGAGUUUGCUUAUUACGAGUCGCUUGCUGUUAUUAUACUGCAGAGGAGUUCAUAUAACAUAACCCGUUGAACUUGAAAUGCUUAGUCUAUAUUGAAAUGUGGUGUAAUUAAAAAUAGAAAAAAAUAAUUAUUUAAAAUAUUACAAUUGUACGCGUUACUUAACAUUAUUAUGUACUUAUGGACGAUGAUCCGUAAUGGAGUUGGUGAGUGAGGGAAGAAGGAAAAAGAGAAAAAAGAA